AUGAAGGAUGGUACUGACAUACCUUUUUGGUAUGCUUGCUGGUCGGGCAAUCAAUCUCUCAUGGAGGCAUACCCGGACUUAUACCGAUAUGCCAAGAACCAUCUUACUGACAUUUUUUCUGCAGGUUUGUUGUCCUAUGGAGCGGCUGACAGCGUCUCUUCCACAGAUGCAGAUGGCAUUUGGCAAUGGCAGCUUCAUAACAUGGUGGAGAUGUGUAGAGGGGAAGAUACGGAGCUGACUGACAGCGGCGAUACGGAGCUGACUGACAGCGGUGGAGAUGCUGUCUCGGUACAGCAGCGACAUACCCUCAUUGCUGGCUUGCUGUCCGAUCUUCAGCAGCAAGGGGUGCGCGUGUAUGGUGAUGGCGAGGACACUUUCGUUUGGAGUGCGGAGGCGUGUGGUGUUUUCACGGUGAGUUCUUGCUAUAACCGUUUUAGGAAGAAUCUUUCCGGUCCCCCGAUAGAUAAUAUCACAGUUGUAGCCUUAUCCCAUCUCUGGAAAGUUAAUGCUCCCCCCAAAAUUCUAUUAUUCGGUUGGCGUUUCAUUAUCAACAAAAUUGCAACGAAAGACCUUUUGGUUAAAAGGGGCAUUAUUUUGGAUGGUGAUGAUUCUAGAUGUGUUUUUUGUGCUAAGGAAAACGAGUCGCUUCGUCACUUAUUCGCUCAUUGCGAAGUGACAAAUAGAGUUUGGAGGAAAGUCUUUGAUUGGGUUGGAGUUGACAUUUGUUUAUCUAGGGAGGAGUUUGUGAAUUACUUUCAUUAUUGCGGGAAAAUAACAUGUGUCAAGACUAGAAUCAUUGGGGCGGUGGUGUGGUUAUCAACGGUUUGGAAUAUUUGGCUAUCCCGGAACGCUAUCGUUUUCAAAAACGAAACCUUUAGUUUCCUUGGUUGUUGGUCGGAGAUCGUUUGUAAUGCUUGGAGGUGGUUAAGCUCUUUUUAUAAUAGAGUCAAUUAUUGUAAUUUGUAUACUUGGAAUAUUCUACCGUUCUCGUGUUUUGAGACGUAG